AAACUUUAUGUAAAUAUUCAUUUAAACUUUUGUAUGUUUUCUACUUUUUUGUUUGUGUAUUUGAUAAUAGUUUUAACGACUCUCAAAGCCAAAAUUAAAACUACGAAGGUCCUUCUCCCCAUCUAAUAGACCGGACGGCGCAAAAAUGGUCAAAACCCAGAAACGGAAAGAUGCGACCAAAGAGGAGAGACUCGACGAUUUUCGAGCCCUUGAACAAGAGUUUCAGGAUCUUCAAAAUUUAAUGGAGGAACAGCGAAAUACAGCCUCAAAAAAGUGGACAAUGCAAAAGAGAUUACUGACAGAAACACUCAAAAACAUUGAAUAUAUCAGGCGUAAUGCGAUCCGAACUAAAAGCGAGAAUAAAAAGGAGCAAAUUUGGCUGAACUACUUCAAGUGUGACGGACUGCCAAAUAAUUUCCAACCGGCCGAAGUUCUUAAUUACAUCUCGAAGUGGAACUAUACAAUGAAAGAAAAGCUAGGAUCAGGGGAGGACUGGUCAUUGGCACGCAAUGAACUAUCCAUUUUGACGCAGAACGAUUCGACUCCAGAUCUAACCUUGAUCAGAUUGAAGGAAGGCCGAGUUGACGAUGGCGAAGUGGUGGUCAAACAGAUACAAAGCAUUGAAUACAUAUUGAAUGGGCUACGGAAGACGGUUCAUCUAGAGAGUGCAAGGUUCUCAAAACAAGAUAAGAUAGCCUUGAGGAUCUACCGAAAUGAAAUAGAGAAGAAUAUGCAGAAAUCUAUUGAUUUGUAUACUCAUAAUUUGCUGAAAAAUAUGGAAAGAGAUAUGGACCCAGUGGAAAAGAUAGUUGAAGAAGAAGGAGACAUGUACCCAAUGAAAUCUAAUCGAUUUAGGGAGGCGAAACCGGUGAAAAGAGUGGUUGAUGUUACUUUGUUGGAGCACAAUUUCUCACACGAACUAUUUUCAUUCCAUCUUUGGGCUUUAAGGAACGUUCCGCAACCCCCACGCACAUCUCGUGACCGUUUUACGAUCCCUUUAGCCUCGUUUGGAGGUGAGGCGACAUUCCCCUAUUCCCCUGAAAUGAAAAAAUUAGCUUUCCGAAGUUACUGGACACAAUAUGAUCAUUACAGUGUGCACUGUCCAAAUUAUACACUCGCAGAUCCGCCCCUACCUGUAGUUGAUCUUUAUACGGCUUUGACUGAGGAAUGGAAGCAGAGGGAGUUCAUUGAUCAACAAAAAUUCAACGAACUUGUCUUAAAGAAGACCCAACAUGAAGAAACCAUGAGGUAA